CUCUGGAUAUUGGUUAGAAAGUCCUCACUCUAAUCUCUCAUGCCAUCCCUUUGUUCUGUCUUACGUGCCCUCUCCCUCUAUAAAUAUGCCUCAAUGUCCUAUCCUCAAAAUCCCCCUAGCAAAAUCAUAAUACUUUUGUUUUCCAACUUUCUCUACUUCAGUUCUUUCACAACAUAACACAUGGAAAAUCACUCGGAUUCCAUAUUCAGUUAUCACGAGAGUUGUGAUGAGUUGAGGCAAAAGCUUUUGGCCACCACACUGGAACUGAAGACCAUGGAGAACGUGAAGAGGGAACUGUUGAAUCUGCUGAAGAUGGCAUACCAAGAGAGAGACGAAGCAAGAGAAGAGCUUCAAAAACUCGAAGCAAGAGAAGAGCUUCAAAAACUCGUUACAAAACUAACACCCUCGAUUUUGUUCGAAGUUCCUUCCAUGAUGAUGAUUCAUGCGCAAACCAAGGCAAACUCGAGCAUCACCGAAUCCAACAGCACCUCGCACGUUUCCUCCUCCGUAGAUUCCCUUCUCGAGGCAUUUUCUCCUCAGGAAUUCUCCAACAUGAACAACAACAACAUUGUCGAGUCCCACAACUUGGGUGGUUAUUAUCUGAAACAACCUUCUGUUCAAAACAUGAACAUGAGUGUCUUGUCUCAAAAGCGCACGUGUGAUGCUGGGGACCAAGUGAUUGAAUACAUGGCUAAGGGAAAAGUGUUGCCUCAAAAGGGUAAUCUCCUUAAGGCUGUGAUGGACGCGGGUCCUGUGCUUCAGACACUCCAUGUUGCGGGGCCACUUCCCACGUGGCGAAAUCCCCCUCCUUUGCAGAACAUAAAGAUUCCACCUCUCAAUGUUCAAGACUUUGUUGCUUCCAAUAAUAAUAAUAAUGUGAAUACACUUCGGAAGCCAAUGCUUGCACCCUCUCAUUAUUCUACACAGCCUUCCAUGCUCAACAAUUCAUUCCAGAUGGCUUCAAAUGCUAAUUGCAAAAACCUUGCACCAUCGAGGAUUCCACAAAGCAAUCAGCAUCUUCUACGAAACUAGUUCCCCCCUCUCCCAUGUUUUUUUAUUCUGUAAAUGGAGUUAGAAUUUAUUGGUGUAAAUGGUAUGUAUACCCUGCCUUUGGUUCAAUUGUCAAGCUGACAUAUUUUGGUCCCAGUUUAAGAGUGGCCCUUUUUCCAAACGUGACAAUUUAUUGCAAAAUUUGAUCGAGAUUACCACUA